CGUCGAAGUCUUUAGGACAAAUUACAAACAUACGAUUUGAAUUUUCUUUUGAUGAUCUGUGUUUGUUCAUCAGAAAGUUUGCACGGUAAGUUUAAUAUUUUGGCGACUUUUUUUCGAGAAAAAAACAUCACAAGCACCAGUUGAUACUCAGACCAAUGCUUGAUAACUUAGCGCUAGCAUGCUAGUUCAGCGAAAAAGCACGGGCAAACUUUUGAAAUACUAAAAAUGAUCACCUGCGUCUUUUGUAAAAAGAUAUUGGUCACAUUAAGAGGCUAUGUACUACAUUGCAGAGUGCAUAGGAAUGAGCCUUGUUGUCUUUUUAAAUGUGUUGGCGCCAGUUGCAGUCAAACAUUCACCACUUACUCUGCUUUCAAGGGGCAUUUUUAUCGUGUGCACAAUGCACCUGCACUUCAAGCUGCUCCUAAAGCUCUUGUUGCAGAUUUAAAAUGUGCUGUUUCAUUAUGUGCCCGCCAUUUUCAAACAGUGAAAGAGCUAGUGUCCCACUUAAAUGAUCAUAUUGCAGAGGGCAGGUCUGUGUCAUGUCCAGUAAGUGGUUGUAAGCAUGUGUUUACAAAAAAGUCAUCAUUUACUUCUCACAUGUGUAGGAAGCAUAAAGCAUGUUCCCCAGAUGGUAUUGAUGACAUGUACAAGAAAUCUCGCCCUCAGUCCCUAAAUGACGGUACAGAAUAUUCAGAAAACACACAUGAAGCCAUGCCAUCUGCUAGUUCAGCCAGUGAUAUGCCAGAAAAUGAUAGUCAGUCUUUUCUCAGAAACAUGUGUCUCUUUUACCUUAAACUGCAAGGACAGCUGCUAAUUCCUGCCUCUACCAUACAGAGUAUUGCUGAGGAAAUGCAGAAUGUGCACGAAUUGGGUCAAGCCUACACAAUAAAUAAGGUACUGUGAAGUAACACGAAGUGAGUUUUAUGCUGAUCCGAAUGCCUGUGGUCCUCCACGCACUCCGGAAACGUAUGACGCAGCUGUUGCUGAUCUCCAGGCUGAAACUAUCCAAGACGUUAGAGGAAUAAAGUGCAAAUAUGAGUGACUCAGGGCGAACCUUCCUAGAUGUCGCCAUUACGGAAGUCCUACCAGAACUUCAAGCAGUGAACAAAAACAUCCUGGAAGAGCACUUGCAGUCCAUCGGAGUUGAGACAAGUGAUGAUCUACGCUUCGUAACGGAGGCAGAUUUGAUGACAGCAUUAAGACCUGUACAAGCGAGAAAGCUUCUUUCUGCUUGGAAACAGAAAUACCAAACUCCAGAGAACAGCUUGCUAUCAUCUGUGGAAGCCUCACCCACCCAGUCGCUGUCAUUGCUCUCUGUUUCACCCCAAAGUCUAUCAUCAACCUCUUCCAGCAGCCCAGGACGUGACAUACAUUGGGAUGACAACUUCGAAAUUCCAUGGAGUAAACUUCCUGCAGAAGUUAUGCAUUUUCUUGAGAGGGGGAAAAGGCCUCGGCCAAAACUGAGGAGGCAAAUGGUCCGGAUUGUUGUGACUGAGAUGAUGGAAAAAUGCCCUCAUGUAGGUAGAAAACAUUCAAUUGACGUUGCAAAAAAAAUGGUAGCAAAAUAUCCCAAUUCUCUGCAAGAUGUCAUAGAGGGUGAUAUUGUUGGUGCAGGCUACCUUUCCCUUGUCAAACAGUUGCAGAACAGAAUUGAAAAUGUAAGGCGCACUUCAACACCCAAAAUAAGAAAAAGAAAACAUCAGACUGACUCAGACCACACAGACGAGAUCCCAUUAGAAGAAAGAGCAGCAAUGCAGGAUACAUAUGGGUGCCUUAAAUGGAAUGUAGAAUUUCUGCCUCUUGAAGAAACUCCAGAGAGCCAACAGCAAAAGAUGGAGAAACUCAAGGUGAUGUUCCAACAAGCUGACGCCAAUCCAGAAGAGGUAAAAAGUCUAAUGAAGUCCACUUAUUACACACAGCGUCAACAUGUCAAUCAGGGGAAAAGUAUCAAAUGCCUUAGAGAGGAGUGGCCAUUUUGGUUUGAUGAACUUGGCAUGUCGGUCCACUUCAAGGAACUUACUGGGAUUGACCUCAAAAAGACAUUCACACGAAAUUUGGACUUGAAGGGGAAAAGGCUUCUGGAGUACAUGACCACAGUUGCUGUCAGCAAAAGCAAGACGUUCCUUCAGACUUAUGCAAGGCUUCAGAGGAUACGGGGACCGCAGAGUGGCUGCUCAGAUGAUGUGAAAGAGAUGGUCCUGCUUCUGCUCAGCUACUUUGAUGAGAAGGAGGAGUACAUGCUUUUCCAUGUUGAAGAUACAUGUCUGGCAGAUGAGGUACAACUGGAGCAAGUGCCUCUGACACCCACUAUUAUUGUGUGUGGACAGUCCUGCUAUUCCUCAAGAAGAUACAUGCUGAGUAUUGAUCGGAACCUCGUCAGCACAAACAUAUCCUCCUUCGUUUCUGCACUGUGCCUCAUGUUCGGGAGCUACUACAAUUUUAACAUCCAUUAUCCAUCUGAGCUGGCUUCCACUCUGGAGUUUCUUCAGAGGUGUUUCUUCUGCAUGAACCCAGAAAAAGGAACCAAAGUAGAGAACAAAAACUCGAAGCAUCAUCUCAGUGUGAACCCUCGAGUCCUCACCCUGAUUCAGGAUCUCGCCGACCACGAGUGGCGCUAAGCCUAAGUAUUGACUCUCUGUGGACUGUUAGGUUUAAGUACACAUUGUGGAUUUAACAAAGUAAAACUUUUUCUGGUCGAAUGCAUGAAGCCAGUUCAUGAAUGAUUCAUGAAGAUGUUCUUGCUUUGAAGGAAUGUUCCAGUUUUGUUUGUUUUUUUUAACCAUGCUGCUACUGCAGUGUUUCUAGACCACCUGUAUAGGUUUGUUUCACCACAGGUGGUUUUCCUGAUGUGUUUUUUGACCAAGGCCAUGGUUGUGGUGACCGCAGGGUGCGUGUUGCAUUGCAUGGUGAUUAUGAUAAUUUUGGCACAAUGUAAUUUUUGUUUUAAAAUCUUAACUAUUUAACUUUUCCUGGUAGAGUGUCUAGCAAAUGCUUUUUUCAUGAACAUGGUUCUUGCUUGCAGGAAUGUUCAACAGCUUUAUAGCUUUUGAUUCAAUUGUGUAGUUGAUGUGCGCCUUGCAUAUUAUGUUAGUUGGAAAAAUGCAUCCAACUGUUGUCAUUUGCUUUAUUGGCUGCAAAAUAAAUUUCCCAAAAGUGA